CAGAAGUAUACACCUAUCACAACAGAAGUGGAUAUUCCUGACGAAAUUUUGUGUGAUUUUUUCGCAGAACCAGAACAGCUGAAUAAGUUUGAACGAUUUGAUCCUGGUAUUACUGGACUUUACCAUUCAUAUUGUGUUAUUUGUGGCAAAACAUUUCACGAAUCAAUCGAAUGCCAAGAAACCACAUUACAAGACUUUGAACUUAACGCAGUCGACGAUACAAAGGAAUUGGUAGACGCAUUGAAUCAACAUACAACACGAAAAUUCGACAUAAAACUUGGUGAAGCAUUAGCAACGAACACAAAAAUAUUAAGAUCAAACAUUUCCUAUAAUGAAAUCACCCCAAAAGUAGUCAGCGCGAUGAUAAAGACGUUAAAAACGAAACGAACAUUAAAAAAUUUAAUGAUGAAACUCCAGGGUAGGAAUAAAUCCAAAAUAGAAAUUAAUCAUUUAGUCAAUUUACGACGUGUUUCGGAGGAUAACACUUGCCUAGAAUCCUUCUCAUUUGAUCCAAGCGAAUAUGAACCAAGUUUUGUGUAUCAAACAAAAAGUUUCGCAUUAUAUAAAAUAUGA